ACAACAGUUGCAGUGAAGUCAUGACGCUCCCUACCUGUUUUGGAGCUGCGGAAAUCCCAGUUUUUGGGCGGAUUUGUUUGACGACUAGGACUUCCUUCCCGUUUUCAUUUGGGCCCGUGUCACUUAAAUGCAGCAUUAUGUAUGCUACUUUUCGAAUUGAACAACCGAAGAGAACUUGAGGCUUGAACUUUUUUUGUUGUUGCUAUUUUUUCCCCCGGUCACCAUGGGAGAUACGGACACUAAUACAGCCUUCAGUCGCAGGAGACGGGCUGCUUUUGCGGCGGGGAGAGGAGCGAGUCUGCAGCCGAUGAAUAAGAAGUGCAUGUCGGCGAGUCAGCUCUCGGUGACCGCCGAAUUAAAAACGGACGGCGAAGUGGGCAAAGUUGACCGCUUGUUGGACACAACCCGGCCCACGGCAAUGUGUGACAAAAAGAAACACAAGAAUGACAUAAAUGACAGAUUAAGCUGUCACAAGACACGGGACUCCCUGCUGACUUCAUCCAGUGGUUACAAUAACUACAGAGGGAUUCUAAACUGGUGUGUGGUGAUGCUGGUACUUAGCAAUGCCCGACUUUUCCUAGAAAACCUGUUAAGAUACGGAGUGCUGGUGGACCCAAUUCAAGUUAUUUCCUUAUUCUUGAAGGACCCGUACAGCUGGCCAGCGCCGUGCCUGGUAAUUGUGUCCAAUGUGUUUAUCAUGGUGGCUCUUUAUACAGAGAGGCAGCUGUCAAAGGGUUCAUAUGGUGAGCAUGUGGGCUUUCUUGUCCAUAGUGUUAAUAUGACUGUUAUGCUGACAUUCCCCGCCGCAGUGGUCCUCAUGGUGCCCUCCACGACCUCAGUUGGCGGCGCCUUCGUACUCGGUACUUACACCAUUCUCUUCCUAAAGCUUUACUCCUACAAGGACGUCAACAUGUGGUGUCGGGAGCUGAGCGCCAUUAAGGCAAAGAAACUAGCGAGGUCGCUGUCGUGUCCAUCAUCAAAGUACUUCAAUGGAGAUGGCUGUAAAGUCUGUUACCCUGGUAACCUUACAAUAAGAGACCUGUACUACUUUGUCUUUGCUCCCACUCUGUGUUAUGAGCUCAACUUUCCUCGUUCUCCCAAGAUCCGCAUGGGUUUCCUAAUGAGGAGACUUUUUGAGAUGCUAUUCCUCAUCCAGAUGUUGGUGGGUCUAACGCAACAGUGGAUGAUUCCCAUCAUUCAAAGCUCAAUGAAGCCACUGGAGGACAUGGAUCUGUCUCGGAUGACUGAGAGACUUUUAAGGCUGGCUGUUCCAAACCACCUGCUCUGGUUGAUGUUUUUCUACUGGUUCUUCCAUUCAUCUUUGAACUUCACAGCAGAGCUUCUGCGCUUCGGGGAUCGACAGUUCUACAAAGACUGGUGGAACUCUGAGUCGGUGACAUAUUUCUGGCAGAACUGGAACAUCCCCGUUCACAAGUGGUGUCUCCGGCACUUUUACAAGCCGCUGCUGAGGAGAGGUUUUAGUAAGAUAGUCAGCCAGUCAGCAGUCUUCUUCUUGUCGGCGUUCUUUCACGAGUAUCUCGUGAGUGUCCCUCUUAGGAUGUUCCGGCUGUGGGCCUUUAUGGGCAUGAUGGCUCAGCUUCCAUUAGCUUGGUUUGUUGGUCACAACCUGCGCGGUAACUACGGCAACGCCGCAGUGUGGAUUUCACUGAUAAUCGGUCAACCGUUUGCCGUCCUGAUGUACGUCCACGACUACUACGUCCUGCAUUACCGACAAGUCUGACCGAUGUGAUCGCGUAUUGGAUUUCAUUCGCCUUCCAGCGUUUUACAUGCAGAUGGAGACUUGCUGAACUAUUCGACAUGGCAGCCAUAAGAAUCUUGGGUCACCUUAACUUUAAGUGGCCCACUCAUUUUUUUUUUUUUUUGCACUUCUGAGUUGUAAAAGUGUUUUUAACAUCACAGUUCAUAAAUAUUUAGCUGGUGAAAUUUCCACACGUUUGUGUUCAAAUUCCCUCACAGAAAUUGGGUCCAACUAGUCUUUCUAUCUGCCGGGGAACUUUUUUUUUUUUCGUCGUCUCUUCAAGAAAGCCAUGAGUGGUACAUGAGUACAGUGAACAAAAUAAGUAUUUGAACACCCUGCUAUAUUGCAAGUUCUCCAACUUGGAAAUCAUGGAGUGGUAUGAAAUUUUCAUCGUAGGUGCAUGUCCACUGUGAGAGAGAGAGAAUCUAAAAAGAAAAAUCCAGUGUAUGAUUUUCUUUUUAAUGAUUUCUUUGUGUGAUACAGCUGCAAAUAAGUAUUAAAACACCUGAGAAACCAAUGUUAAUAUUUGGUACAGUAGCCUUUGUUUGCAAUUACAGAGGUCAAACAUUUCCUGUAGCUGUUCACCAGGUUUGCACACACUGCAGGAGGGAUUUUGGCCCACUCCUCCACACAGAUCCUCUCUAGAUCAGGCAGGUUUCUGGGCUGUCGCUCAGAAAUCUUCUAUUGGGUUUAGGUCUGGAGACUGGCUAGGCCACACCAGAACCUUAAUAUGCUUCUUACGGAGCCACUCCUUGGUUUUCCUGGCUGUAUGCUUCGGAUCAUUGUCAUGUUGAAAGACCCAACCGCGACCCAUCUUCAAUGUUCUGACUGAGGGAAAGUUCCCCAAAAUCUCACAAUACAUGGCUGCGGCCAUCCCCUUCAUAAUACUGUACAGUCGUCCUGUCCCAUGUGCAGAAAAACACCCCCAAAGAAUGACGCUACCACCCCCAUGCUUCACAGUAGGGAUGGUGUUCUUGGGAUGGAACUCAUCAUUCGUCUUCCUCCAAACAUGGUUUGUGGAAAAUGUUCAGUUUUGGUCUCAUCUGACCACAAACCUUUCUCCCAUGACUCCUGUGCAUCAUCCAAAUGGUCAUUGGCAAACUUAAGACGGGCCUUGACAUGUGCUGGUUUCAGGAGGGGAACCUUCCGGGCCAUGCCUGAUUUCACACCAUGACGUCUUAGUGUAAUACCAACAGUCACUUUGGAAACGGUGGUCCCAGCUCUUUUCAGGUCAUUGACCGAGUCCUGUCGUGUCGUCCUGGGCUGAUUCCUCACCAUUCAAAGGAUCAUUGAGACCCCACGAGGUGAUAUCUUGCAUGGGGCUCCCCUCCGAUUGAGAUUGACUGUCAUGUUUAGCUUCUUCAAUUUUCUAAUGAUUGCUCCAACAGUGGAGCUUUUUUCCACCAAGCUGCUUGGCAAUUUCUCCGUCGCCCUUUCCAGCCGUGUGGAGUUGUACAAUUUUGUCUCUGGUGUCUUUGGAAAGCUCUCUGGUCUUGGCCAUGUUCCAAGUUUGAGUCUUACUGAUUGUAUGGGGUGGGCAGGUGUCUUUAUGCAGCCAACGACCUCACAGUGGUGCAUCUGAUUCAGGGUAACACAUGGAGUGGAGGUGGACUUUUAAAGGCAGACUAACAGGUCUUUGAGAAUUCUAGCUGAUAGACAGGUGUUCAAAUACUGAUUGGCACGGUUAAAAAAAAUCAGAUAAUGUGAUUUCUGGAUUAUUUUUUUUAUAGAUUAUCUUUCUUACAGUGGACAUGCACCUACGAUGAAAAUUUCAGACCCCUCCAUGAUUUCUAAGUGUGAGAACUUGCAAUAUAGCAGGGUGUUCAAAUACUUAUUUUCUUCACUGUAUCCUUUUAUAGUGUGGUGACAUUAGAUUUAAUCGAAAGUGGUACAUUGAAUAUCAAAACUCAGUGUUGCACAACUCAAAGUGUGGUUUAUAACGUGCACUAAAACACUAAAUUUUGCCACAGGGGCAGUUUUUUUUUUUUUUUAAUUAAACCCUUUUCUUUACAUUCUGACGAGGGUCAUCAUUUUUUUAAGAAAACAUCGCGGUAGGUUUUAGCCUAAUGUGUUUUCCCGCUCAACUGCGAUGCAUCUUUGGUAUUAAAAGUGAGUAAUAUUAAAUGUUAAUGGUGACUCUGUGAAGUUCCUCAGUACACAUGAGUGUACUUUUGUCAGAGGACUCACCGUUAGAGUGAAAUUAAAUUAACGGAAAAAUAAUUUAUAUGCUGGUGAGCUUGUAUUGCGGUACAGGUUGUAUUUCAAUUUUUUUUAAUUGUAAAUCCAAAAAUCAUGUUGCUGUUAAGUGUUCCGGAA